AUGAAUACAGCUCUGUACGUGAUCAACUUUGUUACCAACACCGCUAUCAUAGCAGUGGAUACACUAAUCGUCUUUGUUGCUUUCAAAACGGGUCAAAUUCGGACACAACUUGUUCUAUGGACGAUUUUUCUAUCUAUGGCUAUGGAUGCUGCUCUAUAUUUGAAUACCGUGAUUCACGAUGUACCCAGUUUUUUCUUGGGCACCGAUAUCUUUGGAGACCGGGAUCUGACAUAUAUUUCGGUCUUGAUAAUGGGCUGUCAAUGGUUCAGUCAGCUCUUUGUCCUACUAGUGUUGUCGGUGAUACAUUUUAUCGCAGUCUUCUCCCCGGCGCUAUUUCGCACACUUCUGCCUACGCAUAUACAAAUGAUCAACUUUGGCAUUGUCCUCAUCAGUAUUCUCUUUACAGUACCACUACUCACGCCGUACUUCGGAUAUUCUUACGUGACACAAGGUCACUAUUGGUACUACGACAUGAGUAAACCAUACACAUAUAUUUACUGGACCCUUAAUCUCAUUUUACAGGUGAUUUGUGCGGUUGUUGUGGUCUGCGUCGAUACUGUCAUUAUCUGGAAAGUUUGGCUGCUACAAACCAAUUCGGCAAAGAAAACGAUCAUUAACAUGUCUCUUGUUCCAACGAUUGUAGCAAAA